UUCUCGGGCCACGUGUGUCGCAUAAGUGCGUUUGACGUGACGACGCGGAUAAUCGUUACGACAAAUAAACGAGCCCUUUUCGUUCAAUCGUAUAAUGCAACGCAAAUACCCGUCGCGGUAUCGUAAGUUUGGAGAUAAUUUUUAACAAGCUAUUGUGCGAUACGCUAACAGCUCGAUCUCGUCGCCAUCUUAGCAUUUUGAUCACGUUCACGACCUUCAUGACGAUUCUCCUUCUCUUCCUCUGGCGCAAAAAUUUGAAUGACGUAUUGUCAUAUGUGAUAAUACAUUAUUUACAUUUUUGUUAUUAUUACAUACGUGAAGAAGAUUGUUUAAAUUAUCGAUGUGCGAUUGGUUGAUUUUCUCGUUCAUAGACUUGAGGCACGAUUUAUAUGAAUAGGCUCUAAUAAUGGAUAAACAUUUAUGCCCGUUUAUCAGACAACUUCAAAGUUCAAAGGCGAUGUGAUGCGUGAACGUGGCCUCAUAAUCUGAUAUGACCUGAUGUUGCUGCAGUUGCAACAUUCAUGUGCUGGAUGAAGCGUUAAACUGGAUUGGUGUCCGUAGAAAAGAAACGCGUGUUUCGUGUGUUAAAUAAAACGUUGACAUGACAUCGAAUCCGGAAACUGGCUUUCGUGAAAAUGAGGUCAUCGACGACGAUUUCUCGCCAACGAAAUCCGAUGUGUCGAAGAUCUUAUGCGUGGGGCGCAUUUGCCUCGAUAUUGUUCAAAUGUGUGAGCAGUUUCCUGCGGAGGAUUCUACACAAAGAUCUAUCGAUUGUAGGUGGCAAAGAGGGGGCAAUGCAUCAAACACUUGUACUGUACUAUCAUUGUUAGGACAGUCAUGUGAGCUUUUAGCUUGUUUAAGCGCAGAUGAACAUGUUAAUUUUAUGCAAGAUGAUCUAUACAAAUAUAAAAUUGAUUAUUCUCAUUGUCCUAUCAUAAAAGGAAUUGGCUGUCCUAUCUCAACUAUUAUAUUGAGUUUAAAUACUGGGACUCGUACAAUUAUAUAUCACAAUCAAAAUUUACCAGAAUUGACAAUAAAGAACUUUGAACAAUUAAAUUUAGCAGAGUAUAGCUGGGUUCACUUUGAAGGAAGAAAUAUAGAUGAAAUGUUACUUAUGAUAAAACAUAUAGAAAAUUAUAACAAGUCAUUAAAUGGCACACAUGAUUGCAGUAAGAAAUGUAUGCCCAUUACAAUUAGCGUGGAAUUGGAAAAUCCCAGAUCAAGUCUUAGAUUAUUGAAUUUGUUAUCAUAUAUUGAUGUAGUAUUUAUAGCAAAAGAUUUUGCUAAGAAUCAAGGUUUUAAUAAUAUGAAGGAAGUAAUACAUACUAUUGGCCAAGAUGCUAAGCUUAGAGGUGCUAUUAUUUGUGCUUGGGCAGAGGAAGGUGCAAUUGCUCGUACUCCAUGUGGUGCGAUAGUACAAUCUUCAGCUUUCCCGCCACACAAAGUGAUCGAUACUUUAGGAGCAGGUGAUACAUUUAACGCAGCUGUUCUAUAUUACUUAAACAAGAGCAAAGUAAAAUUUAUAUAUAAAUGUAAAGAAGCAGUUUAUGCAAAUGAUAAUAAGUUGUGUGAUGACAGUACAAUAAGUAAACAAGAUAUUAAACAAAAAAAUUUUGAUAUAAAGAAUUUGGAAUAUAGUCGAAUAAAAUUUAUUGAUGAAAUAGUUUUACAAAGGGCUAUCAAACUUGCAUGCCGUAUUGCUGGUGCAAAAGUCGGUUCAAGAGGUUACGAUUGUCUCGAUAAAAUUUUUAAUCAUAUCUUAUAACUCAAUUUUUCAAUAUAUUAGCAAAAA